AUGGCGGCAUCUUUUGGACAGGUACUGACCCUGGUGCUGGUGGCCGCCCUGUGGGGUGGCACACAGCCACUGCUGAAGCGGGCCUCUGCUGUUCUGCAGCAAGUUCAUGAAUGUACCUGGGCUCGGCAGUUGCUGCAGGAAAUGAAGACCCUCUUCUUGAAUACUGAGUACCUGGUACCCUUUCUCCUCAACCAGUGUGGCUCCCGUCUCUAUUACCUCACCUUGGCAUCCACAGAUAUAAUCUUAGCUGUGCCCAUCUGUAACUCCCUGGCCAUUGUCUUCACACUGAUAGUUGGAAAGGUACUAGGAGAAGAUAUUAGUGGAAAAGGAGCAGUCACAGGCAUGGUGCUCACCGUGGCAGGAAUUGCACUCUGCAUCACAAGCUCAGUGAGCAAGACCCAGGGGCAGCCAUCUACCCUCCGAGUGGGUCCACCUCACCCUACAGCUCUGCUGUCUCCAGGGAGCCCUCUGCCCGUGAGAUGCAGCCCCCUUAUCUGGCCUGAUCUGGACCAUCACACAGGCAGGAUCCAUGAAUUGCAUGCAGCGUCCCUGCAGCCUGGAGAGGGUACUGCAAAAAGUCAGAAAUGCAAACCAGAGGCCCCAGGGCUCAGUCUGAGUGGUCCCGCUGGCUGA